CUCUAUAGGAUCGAUUUUCGAGUUUUAAAUGGAUCGGGUAUCCUAUAGAUAGUGUUCAGAUUAUUUUUUUAUCAUCUCUAGUAAAGUCUAUUACCGCGGUUUUUUUAUACUUAUACUAGUGCGGUUAUAACAGCUAACGGGUGUAAGUACACUUUGUUGUAAUUGUACGAUAAAAGGUGCCCCAAAUUUACUCAAUUCCUUCAUGGCGCCGAAAUAAACUCCUGUCAAUCCUUAUAUAUACCGAAGCACAGGACCAGAACAAACACAUUCAAACACACACAUUCGAUCAUGACUUGUCUACAGAGUGGUUGGCCUGAACCAGUGGUUCGAGUCCAGUCCUUGGCGGAGGGUGGCAUCACUGCAAUUCCUGAACGCUACAUCAAGCCUGCCAACGACAGACCAAUACUCAUCAACCACAACGACAACAACCUCAACCUCAACAACAACAACAUUCCUGUCAUUGAUCUCCAACACGUGUACUCCAACAAUAAGGUACUGAGAGACGAGACACUGAUACGCGUAUCCGACGCGUGCCGCAACUGGGGAUUCUUUCAGGUGGUGAAUCAUGGAGUGAGUCAUGAGUUGAUGAGUCGCAUGCGAGAGGUUUGGCGUGGGUUUUUCAAUUUGCCGCUCGAGAUGAAGCAAGAGCUUGCUAACAACCCUAGCACGUACGAAGGGUAUGGGAGUCGAUUGGGUGUGGAGAAGGGCGCCAUUCUUGACUGGAGCGACUAUUUCUUUCUUAAUUACUUGCCUCUUCAUCUUAGAAACCCGAACAAGUGGCCUACGCUGCCGACUUCUUGUAGGGAUUUGGUAGCUGAAUACGGCAAUGAGGUGGUUAAACUAUGUGGGAGACUAAUGAAGAUACUAUCCUUAAACCUUGGACUGGGAGAGGAUCAACUUCAAAAUGCUUUUGGAGGUGAAAAUAUUGGGGCAACUAUGAGGGCUAAUUUCUACCCAAAGUGUCCACAACCAGACCUUACACUUGGUCUCUCUUCUCACUCUGACCCUGGUGGCAUCACACUUCUCUUGCCGGACGAAAACGUCGCCGGUCUCCAAGUCCGUCGAGCCGAUGGUUCUUGGGUUACUGUUAAGCCUGUUCCUAAUGCCUUCAUUGUCAACAUUGGAGACCAAAUUCAGGUGCUAAGCAACGCAAUCUUCAAGAGUGUGGAACAUCGGGUUAUUGUUAAUUCAAGUAAAGAGCGUGUCUCUCUGGCUUUCUUCUACAAUCCCAAGAGCGAUAUCCUAAUCGAACCUAUCAAGGAUCUUGUAACAGAAGACCGGCCGGCGCUAUAUCAGCCGAUGACUUAUGAUCAAUACAGACUUUACAUUAGGAUUAAAGGUCCUUCUGGCAAGAAACAAGUUGAAUCACUCAUGUCCUCUACAUAGUUUUCCAUGGUAUAAGCUAGCUAGCUAGCUAGCUUGGCUAUCUAAAUAAGACCAUUUGGGAUUCUUCAUCUUCUAAUGAUGAUUCUUCAUGUUCUGUUUUAGCAGGAAAAAAAGUUAAAAGAAUUUUCUUCUUCAGCCAUUGCCCUUCGAAGAAAUUGCCUAUGUCAAUUCAGGAAAUUAAUUAUAAGACAAAGUGAUUCUUGUGGGGGAACCCAAACAUGCUUUUUUUUUCCUCCAUGACCAUGUGAGGUUGUAAUGGUUUGCUUGGGUUGCUUCAAGAAUCAAAUUGAAUGAUAUAUUCACGUGUUGAUGCUUUUUUCACCAA